UGUUGGUAAACAUUUCUUUGCGUACUUCCCUUGCGUUGCACAGAAAAGGCGCAAACUGUAGGUUGUAAGAUGUCGCUAAAAAUACAUAAAUGUUUCUCCCAACGUGAUAAGCUUAAGAUAAUAAAUGCCUACGAAGCCGGAAGAUCACGAAGUGAAAUAAUGCACGAGUAUGGUUUGCCACUUUCUAGCUACUACAACAUCAUAAGCAACAAAGCCACCGUUAAACAGCAGUGUUUGCAAGGCAAGGGCAACGUUCGAAGAAAUCGCAGGGCCGACUUUCCCAAUGUUGAACGGUGUCUGCUACACUGGAUCAACCAAAAGAUGGGCCAUGGUAAUCUGUUAAAAGGGCCAACAGUGAAGGCGAAGGCGAAACUAUUCUCGGUCAAACUCGGAAUCGACGACUUUUCCGCCAGCAAUGGAUGGUUGGAUGGGUUUAAAAAACGUCACAGGCUAAUUUUCAGCCGAGCGCGAUAUGGGAAGGACCGAAUAGCAACUACAAAUGAUUGCAGACAUGAUACUGCAUGGGCGGAUUGUUUUACGAGUUUGCUGGACGAAUUUGAAGCAAACGAUAUUUAUAGCAUCGCGGUGACAGGCUUAUUUUAUAAAUGUAUGCCCGAACAAAUAUUUAAAUACAAGUUAAAAGAUUGUCGUGAUGGUGAAGAUGCACAUGAGCGUUUAACGGUGCUACUGUGCGCCAACCUUACUGGAACGGACAAAUUACCUAUUCUAAUUAUUGGUCAAUCAAGUCGGUCCGAAUGUUUCGUAGGCACGAAACAUCAGUCCGUCAAUUACGAGUGCAACUCCAAUGCAUGGAUUACAAGAACGAUAUUUGUCUCAUGGUUAACACAAGUAAACGAAACAAUGAGCACAAAUAAAAAACAAAUCGUGUUGCUCUUGAAUCACUCAAUCAUCCAUUCAAUGUUACCAAAUUUGCCGAACGUUAAAAUAGUACUUCAGCCUUCGAAAUCCUCAACCUAUGUUGUACAACCACUGCACAAAAAAUUAAUAGAAAACUUUAAAAUGAAUUUUCGUGCGGAUGUAGUCACAUAUCUGUUAGAGUGUCAGAAAACCCAAACCAAACCGGAUACAAAUUUGUCACAUGCCUUUCCAGCUGCCGCUCGAGCAUGGGACAAUAUAAGCAGCGAUACUAUAGUGAAUUGUUUUAUGCAAGCGGGAUGUUGGCCAUACGCUUUGUGCGAUAGUUUAUCACAACAUGAAGAGAAAGGUGAUCCCAUUUGGCCAAACGAGUCAGAUUGGGAAGAGCUUGUCCUACACGAACCGAAACCAAGCUUCCAAGAUUACGUACGAGUAGAUGAGAAUGUUGCCGUUACUGGUAUGUUGACUGACGACGAUAUCGUGGAGAUGGUUAUUAAUCAAUGCCAAAAGCAUGAUGAGAAAGAAGAAGGUAAUGUUACGUUGAACACGAAACAGUUUCUGGCCGCAAGAAAGGAAAUCCUUAGAAAAAACGGACGACGGAUAAAAACCCCUAUUUCUGAUAUAAAAAAUCAACAACUGAAAGCAAACAAAUGUAACGACACAGUUAUUGAACAACGACAAACUUUAGUUCAAAAACUGGAAGCUUUAAAUGCCUUAGAAACGUUACAGAAAUUCUUCGAACAGCAUAUUGACCGGAAUGCAACUACGUUUGAUAUACUGAACGAGCUGAAGGCGCAUGUUAAAAAUAUAUAAUUUGUUACGAAAUAAAUAGCAUUGGAAUCGAAA